UUUUAUAAAAAAGAAAAAUUAUUAACAAAAAAAAAAACUAAAAAUAUUAUUUAUAAAAAAUGUGUGAAUUUUGUAUAAUUGUUGUGGAAUAUAGUUGUUGCUGUAAAUUGCUGUGAAAGAAAAAAAGGAAUUAUAUGUAUUAGAGGAAUAGAUAAAAGAGACCUGAAACAAAAAAGUGGCAGAGAGAGUGAGAGAAUAUGAAAGGGAAAAGUGCUAGUUCAGCGGCAGUUGAUGAUAAAACCGUAGACAUCCAGGAUAAUAUUUUAAAAUAAAAUAAAGGAAAAGAUACACAUAACGUGCGCAGAUUUUGCAAAAAAAUAAAAAAAAAAUACAAAAAAUAAAAGAAGAAGAAGAACAUUAAUCAGUGUUUAAUAGAAAAGUAUUCGUAAAACAACAGUUUGAUAUUUAAGAAAAAAAUUAAAAUGAAGAUUUUUAUAAAAAAAUUUAGAAAUAAACCUUAAAAAAUACAAAAAAAUUAAACUUAAAGAAAAAAAUAAUAUAAGAAAUAUGGCAGCUAAAUUUAAGUGCGAUUGUAAUAAAUUAUUUAAAAUAAAAAAAUAAAUUUUAUUUAAUAUAAAUGAAAAUUUUGAAAAGAAAAACGGAGUUUAAAGCAGCAAAACCAGUAAAAUUUAAUAAUUACCAUGAAGGUCUAACCCAACGUUUUCUUUAAUUUAAUUUUAUAAAUAAAUAUAAGUGAAACUAAAAGCAGAAAGUAAAUGUUAACACCAAAUUACUACAAAUAACAAAUAAAUUAAUUAAAACCAACGACUUGACUGCAAAUACAAAACCAAAUAAUAAUUAUAAUCAUCAUAAAACAAAAAUCUACUUAAACAAAACCUCCUCCUUAAGAAAAUAAUAAACUAACACGCAAACUUCAAUUAAUUUAUAAAAAAAUUCCACUUUUUUACAAGACCUCAAAAAAAAGCAACAAAUACCUUAAAGCUUAACGACACAGCUGGAAAUUUUAACAGUUUUAGUUGUUGUUUUAAUUUUUUAAAUAUAAUAAUAAAAAUUAUACACACUAAUAAUAAACUAAAAAAAAUGUCAUAAUAAAAAGCAAGAAAAUUCCCCAAAAAAUUACCAAAAUAAUACACAUACAUACAACAAAUAAAUAUUACUAAAAAAGGAAACAAAACAACAACAACAAAAAAUAAAAAGAGAAACCAUUAGACAACAAGCAUUAAAACCAUAAGCUUUAACAAAGAAUAAAAAAAAACCUAAGAAAAAAAUUCAUAGCAGCUAGCUAGGCGUUUGAAACAUAAAACGGAAAUAUACCCCAAAAAGGAAAUAAGAACCGACCGUUAGGCUCACAAACACACACAGACAAAGCGAACUCCUACAACAUAUACACACACCAUAAACAACAAUAACAGCAACAGCAAAACUACAGUUAGACCACUCUGUGCUGUUUCACCCAACUCUAUGCAAGUGUUAGUGUGUUUGAGAGUUAAACAGCAGCCGUGAGAGCAAGGCAGCAUCAGAGAGCAACAACACACACAUAUGUUUGUUUUUGCCCAACAAAUUAAAUAACGUUUUUAUUUUUAUUAUAAUUUGAGUUCGUCAUCAAAAAAAAAAAACUAAAAUAACAACUGCUAUCAAGAAGAAACUACAACUAAAACUAUUAUUAAACAAAAGUACACCGAGCUAACAACAAAAGUUAACAGUUGAUGGAAUAUAAAACCAGAAAAAUAUAUAAAUAAAUAAACAAAUUAAACAACAAUAAAUAUAAAUUUAAAAAAAAACUUAAUACUAAACAAACUACUAACUUAAAACAGAAACAAUACAAUAGUUUAAUAAAUUACAAAAAACACAACAAGAAGCUGCAACACAACAACUACCAUCAUCAUUUUUAUUACAUUUGCAACGGUCUUAAACAAAGAUUAAAAAAAAAACAAAAUCCUGGAAACAAUUAAGAGCGAAUUUAGAAAAAAGCCAAAAAUAAGCAACAACAUCAAACUACAAACAUCAAUUUGUAAACCAUUUGAAAAUCUCAUCUUUAAAAGUGAAAAUCAGCCAAAUUAACACAAAAAAUAUUAAAAAUAAAUAGAAAUGUUUUCCUACUAACAAAUACAUUCAAACAUCACUCAACGAAUUCACAUUUUACAUCCUUUCGUUAUUAAAAACAUAUAACCUUAAAUCGAGACAGCCAAGGCGUGAUAGAUAGAGACAAAGAGAGAGAGAGAGAGAGCGAGCGAGUGAGACAUUUAAAACGCAACAAGAAAACAAAAGUAAAUAUUUUAACGAAAUUGUUUAAAUAAAUAUGGCUUCGCCACCUGAAAGUCCCAUCGAGGAGGUGGUUUAUGAACUAGAACAAACACGAGUGCCUAAACCAAUACCCGUUGCACUAGAGGAUUUGUGCCGUCAAACAAAAUUUACAAAACAGGAAAUACGUGUCAUGUAUAGAGGAUUUAAAACGGAAUGUCCUGAAGGUGUGGUGCACGAAGACUGUUUCAAGGAUAUCUAUGCAAAAUUUUUUCCACAUGGCAAUUCAAGUUUAUACGCUCAUUAUGUGUUCAAAGCGUUCGAUGUGAACUGCAAUGGUGCCAUCAGUUUUCGGGAUUUAUUAGUAACGCUGUCAACAUUAUUACGUGGUUCAGUUUAUGAACGUUUACGUUGGACAUUUAAACUUUACGAUUUAAAUGGUGAUGGUCGCAUCAGUCGUUCGGAAUUGAGUGAAAUCGUUUUGGCCAUACAUGAACUAAUGGGUCGGAGGGCACAUCAGCCGGAAGAUGAUAGAAAAGCCAGAGAUCAGAAUAGUUGCAUUGUAGUUGGUAAUUAA